UUCGCCCUCUGUUACACGUGGGGUGCAGGGCUCACACACGGCGAGAGCGUCGAACACCCAUGGGCCGAACACAACCAAGUUGGUCUCAGUACGCGCGAGAUGAGCGUCGGUCAUCGCCAUGACGCUCUCAACGCCGUUCACAACCACUGGAAUUGGUGCAAAGUGGAGGGUACGGGU